AUGGCCUCCAGCCGGGUCAUGAUCUUGACGUCCAGCGGGCUCGUCGAGUCGGCACUUCCUUGCAUUUGGAUCUGCCCCAAUCGCAAGGAGUGGACUCGUCGAUCUUCGGAUAUCGAGCACGAAGUACGAUGGCUUGUGCGAUUAGAAGGUCGUCUUCUCCAAGCUCCUCCACCUCGACGUGCUCCUCCAGCGCGACGACAAAUCGAGCCACAGCAGCUGAUUCUCUCGCGUUCCAGAGACCUUCAAUCCGCGGACAGGCGUCCAGAAGGUCAACCGCCUUUCGGCGAAGACUGGGCUCUCGACACAGUCGUGCCACGUAGACGAGAAGAGCGGCAUAGGAAUUCCGGAGAGUCAAGUGCCGUCUCUGCCGAUAGAUGCCACGAGCCGACUGCUAGAAUGCAGUGCUUGAUCGCUGGCACAGACCCGUACAUCUGCAGCAAAGUCUCGGUCCAGACGUAUAUCAUGGGAACGCUGGAGGCAAGCCCGGAGCGACGAUAG